CUUUCAAAAAUUACAUUAUAUUCAUUACCACGAGUUGAUCCAUCCAAACUCAUAAUAAUAUCAUUUUUAGUUAGAACAUCAAUAUACGAACAUGCAGUAUAUUAAAGUCACAAGUUCAGCGUUCCUGUUGGCAGUGUUAAUAGUUUGUUGCACGCAUCAGAUAGUGUCGGCUGGAUACAACUUUGGAUACGGCGUGAACGAUCCGUCGAGUGGUGACAUCAAGGACCAACAGGAGACGAAAAACGGCGAUCAACUGACUGGCUACUACAGGUUGCUGGACUCUGACGGUAUGGUCAGAACAGUUAAUUACCAAUCGCAUCCAUUGACUGGUUUCACGGCCCAAGUCAGCAGAGACCCAAUCGGUCUGGAAGGUCUGUCUAAAUACCGUUCGGGGGAGGUGUCCCCACAACCUCGUCCACGAGUGCCACUUGUACCCAGCAACCAAUACUUGCGUUAUGACGAUGGCACACUGGAAGGUUACCAACAUUGGUGAUAGGUAUCCAUUUUGUCUACCAUUCAGAAAUCAAGCUUAACCAAUGUUAAAGUUCAAUAUCUAUACCGGAAUCACUGGAAUAUUGUAAUGUGUGUGUAAUAAAUAAUAAUAAUACAUAUUAAUAUUUUUAUUUAA